UUCUAUAAAUUAUCUACGGUGUAUAUCAUGAGAUAUUUGUAAUUCAUGAAUAAUUCUUAUAACUCUCAUAUUCAUUAUAAGUUUAACUGAAAAAUAUAUACCUGCGCCAGACAAUAAGAAGGGUCGAAUAUGGUAUGAGGGUACAAUAAUUCUUGUCCUCGAGUUAUUGUAAACUGUACAUCGAUUCGAGCUCUGUUGGCCCACCGGAAGAAUAGUCAUGUUGUUGUCCUUGAACCUAUGUUAGUCCCACCACUUUUUCAGAAGCUUGACUAUAGCAGUUAGUUUCUGAAUUUCGACACGAACAGACGUAUUUGUGCAGUGAAAUUUACUUUAAAAAUUGUUUUAUAAUUUAUAAAAUGUCAUCAAGCGAAGCCAGUUCUUCUCAUGGAGAUGAAAACACUCCUGAUACAUCCUUACAUAGUGAUUUAUCGAAGCAACGGCUAAAAGAUGGAGUAGUGUAUUAUGAAGGUUUACUUCUUGAAAGUGAUUUAAUUGCAAAAACAUCUUCUGACACUCUAUCUGAAGAUGCUAUGUUGAUUGGUAGAGAAUUAUAUGAUAAUACGUUAGAUAUGUUAAAUAAAAAGAAGUUCGUAAGCGAUCAAGAAUUGAUUCAUGCUCAAGAAGAAUGCCCAGACGGAAAUUUUGAAGCAGUAGAAGAUAAUUCAGUUGAUGACUAUGUUCCAGAUGAAAAAAAAAAAAAACAAAAAAUGAUGGAUUAUAUUCCUCUGGAAUAUAAAAUUAAAGUUUUAAACAUAGCAAAAGCUCACCCUUCAUGGAAACUAGAGACAUUACAAAAAAAUAGAUGUAGUCAUUUGAAGAGAAUGGAUCAUUUGAAAGUAUGGGAAAAAGAUGUUGAACAUGGUGGAACUAAAUUUGAUAAAUAUCAUGUGAUUGAUUCUUGGACGUAUGACCGCUUCGUCGAGGCAAGACAAAAUUAUCAACAAGUGACUACACGAAAUUUGCAGCAAUGGGCUUUAGCUGCAGCCAGCCAGUUUCCUAAUCUUCAAUUUACAGCGUCCGACCCAUUCAAACAAAACAAUUGAUAUCUAACUUCGAUAGUGACUUCGUUAUUAAUACAGAUCAAACAGGAUGUCAAUACCAAUCAAUGUUUAAUAGGACACUGACGGAAAAAGGAAGCAAAACAGUGUUUGCAAAAGUACAAGACAUGACCAAGGUGUCACACUCAUAUACUGCACAAUAUAGCAUAACAUUAUCUGGAAAAUUACUACCACAUGUUUUUAUUUGUUUGCAAGAGCCUACAGGUGAUUUUGGGCCAAGAAUAAAGAAAACGUAGAAGAAUAUUUAAAAAAAUACAAAAAUGUUAUUGUCACAUCAUCAAAAUCAGGAAAACUGACAACUACUCUCUAUAAAAAUUUUCUAGAGAAAUGUUUAAUGCCAUAUGUUCAAAAAAAUAAAUUUCUUUUAAUUAUUGACUCGUGGACAGGACAAGUGAAGCCAGAAUUAUAUGAUGAAAUAUUUCAGG